ACUUAUGAGCACUGAUUGUUUCAAAGCAACGUCAACAACUUGAACUUGAGCUUCUGAACGACCCUACCGGGUACUAGUAUACCAGAUUCACGGUCUACUGCACCGACCAAGAAAUGUCAGCUAACCAGUCUAAAGGUCCAUAUGACCCUUCUAUCAUGGCAGAGUCCUAUGCGCAGUGGGAAAAGUCACUCGAAAUCGAAAUUCAGCGAACUUUUGACACGGUCAACCGCGAUGUCUUGGAGAGCCAUAUGGCUAGAGACCUUGCCAGGCUCAAGGAUCCUCAGGUGGACCCGGAUUUCCUUUGUACAUGGACGGGCCUUUUAUGGGACAGGACCUCAUUGUUGAGAACUGCAAUUGAAGCCCAACGAGCACCCCCUGGUUUCAACUAUCUGAUCAAGAUCUGCUUGAAGUACAACCUCGUUGAAAUCAUGAUAAUGAUUACGUCGAGAUAUGGCACGUUCAGGCUCGGCAUGAAGAAUGGGCAUGCACUGGCCAGUUAUUGCGGACUCGCAGUGCUGGUUGACCUCUUGCACAUAGGGACAAAUGCAGAAAGGAAAUCGAUUGCUGACGAAAUGAUGAAUCACAACAUUGUAGAUCUCUGCUUUGAGAAUAUAGAUAACUGGCUCUGCGCGCAUCGCAGACUUGCUGCUAGUACUAUUCGCUCUCUCGCUGGUCUAAUUGGGGAUAGGAUUUCUGCGUCCAUGAUAGCGGAUAUCAUUGCGAAGCUGUGUGUCUUUGUCCUUCAAGGACCCCGGAUCUUUGUCGAACAGUUCUAUGCACCGGAGACAAAAUGGCAGGGAGGGAUAAUUGUUUUAAGAGGGCAAAAUGCCUCCGAAGCGGAGGUGGCUAAAUGCGCUCUGCGAUACUCUGGACUGGCUCAUGACGAUGCUCUCUGGGCUGCUCAAGGUCUUGUUUGUGCCUAUCCCAUGCUCCCUGCGAAGUUUCGCCUGGAAAUUCUCAAGAAGAGACCGGAAAUUGUCGAUUUGUUGAUAGAUUGUGCCAUCACUACUCGACCAGCAUGGUACCCUGAGCGGCAAGGUGAUGCGGUUGCGUGCGAAAUCCUUGCACUUCUGUUCCAAUGGCCUCCUUACAUAGUACCCGGUGUAUCUUCGCCGUUGGAUGGCUCAUCGAGGGCCCAAGAGUGGAAAGCUUUGUCUCAAGCCCUAAAGAUAAUGACUUCGCGAGCAGAAUGGAGCGAGAAGCUAAUUGAGGUGUGGAUGAGCGUCGAAGAAGAAGAUUGGCGCCAUGUUGAGUCAUUGUUCAACAACGUUAAAAAUUAUGGAGCAAAAGCCCUCCUUGGGAAAAAAACAUUUCAACUUGCAUUCGAACUACGAGGGAUUAAACGGAUAUCGAUUUUGCGGUUGAUUACUACCUUGACUCAUGCAGCAGACUCGUGUGGCAUUACCAACGCAGAGUUGGAGUCUCUCCUUCGUGUGGCCUACGUUGCAUCACAGAAAGUAAAACAAGCAGACCCAGACAAUGAAGGAGAUCAUCUGGUCUAUGCGGAGCGAACACAGGAUAUGUUCGCACUGCAAGUUGGCGACUCACGUGCAGCUCCCCAGGUAGAUUCCCCCUUGCAGAUCGCAGAGGAACUUGUUAUAGGUCCUACAGCACUCGCGCGAUUGUUGGCCGUGCUCGCCCAACGGGGCAUUCUCGACUCAAUUCAAGCUCUCAAGAAAGCGCCGAGUGGUCUGUCGACUGCAACUUCCUUGGAUCAAGUACAAAUAAUUACACAUCCCGAAAUCAUACGGAAAUUCCUGUUAAUCGCUUUCCGGCGUGUGGAAUCUCGUACAGAGUCUGGACGAAAGGUCUCUCAAUCAAAUCCAUCCUACGCUCGGAUGCACUUCAUGUCCUCUGCAGAGCUCGCAGCCUCCUUGGUUUCGUUUGACAAAUAUACGCGCGGAAAAUACGCUGGGGAGGUCAAGGGUGUUCGAAAGCAACUUGUCGUGGCACUCGGGAAUGCAUCAGAGAUGGCUAUCCGAAGUGGACAUAGUCAAAUUGCCUUGAGCCUUGCACUUGGCGCAAUAACAAGCGCAGAAAAUAUCCCCGAGACAGAAGGUCUUGAUGAAGCUAUUACGGCCAAGAACAUGCGACGAGCUGAUCAAGCGAGAGCAGCACUUCGCCAAGGGUAGUUUUCCUCGCAGCUUAUCAAGGUUCUUCGAUUACGCUCCACUCUAUACGCCGAGCGAAGCGUCACAUUUGUCCGGAACUUAGUUUUCUGAAGGGGGAUUAGAUGGUCCCGAAGGGAUUCAGAAUCCAGAUAAGUGCCAGUCAAGAUCGGCGCUGGAAGGUGGGGCUAUUAGUAGUGGAUAAUCGGUAGUGCCCUAUCCACAGGGAUGUACUUUGAGCUAUGCCAUCUGGGAAAGGAAAACUGUAAUACAACUGUCGAAGAGAUCCGUCCGUGACUGCUCGGAAAAUCUGAACGGUCUCUGCGCGCUGCCCAGUUUCCUCAGCAGAACGCAUGAACGAAUUGGGCAAAUUAACUUUGCGCAUGAUUGCUUCGCC